AUGGGUCAAUUCCAACUGCUUGACAUUGUCCAAGAGCCACAGAAACCAGGACAGUUUUUCACUGCCGCAAAAAUAUCUCCCAACGGCCUCAAGAUAGCUCUCUGUAAUGAAACCAACAUUGACGUUUACGAUAUCGAAAAAAAAUCCUCUGUAAGACUCUCUACGCUACAUUCGCGGCCAUUGUCGGAUCUGUGCUGGUCACCGGACUCGCAAUGCAUAGCCACGGCUUCUGACGACUUUACAGUGAUAAUUACACACGUCGCAUUUGGCGAAUUGCAUCGUCUGGUGGGCCACACGGCUCCCGUCACAGCUGUGAAAUUCACCCAUCGGGGUAACCUUCUUUGCUCUUGCUCCAUGGACGAAAGCAUCAGAAUCUGGGAUACGCUUUCAGGUACUCUUCUCCGCACACUUUCGGCCCAUUCGGAGCCCGUUGUGUCAAUUGACAUACCAAUGCACGACGCCAGCAUUCUGACCUCCGGGUCUUACGAUGGCCUAAUCAGAAUCUUUGACACCGCCACCGGUCACUGUCUCAAGACGCUCACGUAUGACAAGGAUUGGCAAAGUGAGAACGGUGUUGUUCCUAUCUCUCAGGUUCGCUUCUCCGCCAAUGGUAAAUAUCUACUGGUAAAGUCACUCGACGGCAUAUUGAAGAUAUGGGAUUUCGUUAGAGGCAAAGUUGUGCGUUCUUUCAUAUCUGGAGAGUCCAGUUCGCUUCGAUACACAUGUGGCAUGGACUUUUUGUAUCCCGAGCGAGAAUCCGACCAUCCCAUCGUCGUGAGCGGUACCGAAACAGGAGAAAUCGUCUGCUGGGACUCUCAGACUAAGCAGAUGCUACACAGGAUUCAAGACAGGCAUGGUGAGAACCCCAUCAUGGACAUCAGCUGCCAUGGCACAUUGAUGUGUUCGCUUUCAUUGUCUGGUGAAUGCAACCUGUGGGUCUGGAAAUAA